GAAAAAGUUUUACGUAUCUUGAAAGGAGAAAAGAUGCCGUCAGACAGUAAUUACCAAAAAAAGAAAAUUCAGAGAGUUAUGAAGGCAAUCUGUGAUAACCUAGAGGUUGGAGAAAUAAUUCCAUCUUUAUUUCAACAUAAAUUGAUAGUGUCUAGAGAAAAGGAGAGUCUCUUAAAAAUGGAAAGAAAUUGUUCAAACUUUGAUGCUGUGAUGGAUCUAAUGUUAAUAUUACCAAAUAGGCAGGAAAGCUGGUAUUCUAAAUUCAUACUCUGCCUUAUUGAGUCAGGCCAUGAAUUUCUUGCUAAAAAGGUGGAUAGUGAUGUGUGUCAAAAAAUUUUGAAGUACAAAGAGAAGAAGAAGAUACAAAAUAGUGACAGAAGCUUGUCAACUGAAGAUCAGAAUGAGUUAUUUGAACUUUGUGAAGAUUUUGGAGAGAGGUCAUUAAUUCCAGUUGCAAAAAAAUCCUCAUUACAAGACACCUUCAGAAGCAGCGAUGAAACACAUGUGAAAGACUAUUACAAAGGGGAACUGAGUUUAGAUGAUAAUACACAGUGUAAGCAGAUUGUUGAAAGUGAAGAGACUGCAGCAAAGCAGGUUUACGACACAAGUUUGGACUUUGGAACCAUGGAGGCCCCAGUACUUACAGAUAAACAAGAUCCCAGUUUAAAUGUCAAUAAUCUUAGUCCAUACAAGCCUGAGGAGUUUAGUAUGAUGUCUGUUUCGGGAGUCGAGUCAGUUAAACGAUCACUUAAUGAGUCAUUGGACAUGAGCCUGAGUUUCAACUCACUCUUAAAUGACACAGAGAAUACUAAAGUACAAGGUCGGCAAAUAAAUUCACUGGACAGAUCGCUUAGUGGAGAAAGGUCAUUUGGUACUGACAGUUCAGGGAGUGGCUCAGGUCUAGGAUCAGAAGGUAGUUUCGACAGCUAUUUGCAGUGUAUGGAACAACCUAAUUCUGGAGUAUCAAACAGACAGAAAAGCCUAAUGUCUAACCCCUCGGGGGACUUUUCACAUGUCCAGAUUUUGGAAGCUAAGCAGCAUUCUUUUUCCGAAUAUCAAAAAUUAACCACAUCAAAACCCAUCAAGUCAGAAGAUGACCUUGCAGCUGUAAAUGUCGACACUUCUAAAUACAGCAGCAAGGGCAAGGAUGAUUUGUAUGAUAGAACCAAGUUGUCUCAAGACGAUCUGAAGGACAAAGAUGAAAAUGAUCAGGGUCCAUAUAAUAUUACUGAAAAAGCCAUCAAUGAAGAUGACACUGAUGAGAUCGAAGAUACAGACAUCUCGCUAAGAGAAUACCAGCGAGAGUUAGCUGCCCCUGCCUUACAAGGAAAGAAUGUGAUAAUUGUAGCACCAACAGGGUCUGGUAAAACUAGGGUGGCCAUGAGAAUUAUCCAAGAGCAUAUCCGGCAGCAGAAGGGAAGGGGAAUAGCAAAGGUUAUAUUCCUCGUAAAUCAGGUGGCCCUUGCAAAUCAGCAAGGUGAGGCCUGUAGAGGACUUCUAAAGAAGUAUGCAUCUAAGGUGAUAACUGGAGAAUCACAGAGAAAGAGCGAAUGUCUCAAAGAUUUUAUAGAUAAACGUGAUAUAUUGGUUGUCACUGCCCAAGUUCUGCUCGAUGCUUUAUGUAGAAAAGAGAUCAGUGGAAUAAACAAGUUCUCACUUAUUGUUUUUGAUGAGUGUCAUCAUACACAUGCCAAUCAUACAUUUAAUCAAAUCAUGGGAAGAUACAUGGAUCUCAAGUUUGAUAAAAAACCUGAUCAUUGUUUACCACAGAUUGUUGGUUUAACAGCUUCUGUAGGUGUAGGUAAAGCAAGGAAUGAGGAGAAAGCCAUGGAACAUAUCAAACAUUUGAUGGCGAACCUUGAUGCUCAGGUUAUAUGUACAGUGCAGAGAAACAUGGGAGAACUUAGGCAGCAUGUCAGUCUACCAGAGGAAGAAACACAUAAAGUGCCCAAGCGACAAAAUGAUGUUUUUCAAGAGAAUGUGAUUAAACUAAUGAAUACCAUAGAGAAAAGAAUGACCCAGUCUUCAUGUAAGUUUAUGUUGAAUGAUGGGAUAUAACUACCAACUACAUUA